GCGGACAGCGGCCUCCGGCGUACCCCCGCCGCGGCCGCGGCUCACCUCGGGCAGGCGGCUCGGUGCCGGGCUGCUCCCCCGCCGCAGCCGCAGCCGCAGCCACAGCCGCAGCCGCGGCGCGCCGGGGCCCUGCAGAUGGCCAGUCCCGGGCUGGAGCUGGGAGAGGUUCAGCCUCCUCCCGACCCCCCCCAGCCGGAGCUGGCCUUCACCGAGGCUCAGAAGUGGAUCGAGCAAGUGACAGGUAGAAGUUUUGGUGAGAAAGAUUUUCGUUCUGGAUUAGAAAACGGCAUUCUUCUGUGUGAGUUGCUGAAUGCAAUAAAGCCAGGACUGGUAAAAAAGAUCAAUAGACUACCGACCCCCAUUGCAGGUUUGGAUAAUAUCAUCUUAUUCUUAAGAGGUUGCAAAGAGCUGGGACUUAAAGAAUCUCAGCUUUUUGAUCCUGGUGACCUGCAGGACACAUCAAACAGAGUAACUAUCAAGAACAUUGACUGUAGCAGGAAGCUGAAAAAUGUGUUAGUCACCAUUUAUUGGCUAGGCAAGGCGGCAAACGGUUGCACGUCAUAUAGUGGAUCAACCCUGAACCUGAAGGAGUUCGAAGGUUUGCUGGCACAAAUGAGAAAGGAAACAGAGGAUAUCGAGAGCCCGAAGCGCAGCAUUCGUGACAGCGGCUAUAUAGACUGCUGGGACUCGGAACGCAGUGAUUCCCUCUCCCCACCUCGCCACGGCAGAGAUGAUUCCUUUGACAGCCUGGACUCCUUUGGCUCCCGCUCGCAGCAGACACCGUCUCCAGAUGUAGUUCUCAGAGGGAGCAGUGAUGGGAGAGGAAGUGACUCAGAAACUGACCUGCCACACAGAAAGAUGCCAGAUGUGAAAAAAGAUGAUAUGUUGGCGAGGAGGACCUCACACGGUGAACCCAAAUCAGCUGUGCCUUUUAACCAGUACCUCCCAAACAAGAGUAAUCAGACUUUCUAUGUACCUGCUCCACUUCGGAAAAAGAAAGCUGAAAGAGAAGAAUACCGAAAGAGCUGGAGCACAGCAACUUCACCACUAGGAGACAGACCUUUCAGCAAACCCCACCCUGAAACCAUAGAAGAAGAACAGAGUGAAACAUCAGGACUGUGUCAAAAGGAGAAAGUGGGCUCCAUGGCUCCUGAGGCAAGCUCCCUUAAAAAUCCAGUAGGUUUGAAUCAAAGUGAAGGAAACUCCAUAGACCAGUCUCCUUCAUGUAGUGCAAAAGAAACAUCAGCACCCAAGGGGACUGACGCAGAAGAGAUCAGAAAGUUAAGAAGACUGGAAGAAGCUGGCAUUAAGGUCAUGUCAGCAGCCCAGCGCUAUGGCAGUAAAAAACCAACAUGUGAAGACAAUGGAAGCAUCCCAGACAUCAUCCUUCGCAAGGACAACCCCUUCAUGACAUCUUAUCAAGGGAAGGAUUCUGGUUCAGAAGAUGAAACAGCCAACAGAGUUCCUGAUUUAGAAAAGGAUGACUUUGCCGCCCGGAGAGCCAGAAUGAAUCAACCCAGACAGAUAGUUCCAUAUAGCUCCUUUUUAAUUGGACCCUAUACGAGUAAAGAUAAAGGUAAACUGGAAGAUGUUAAAAAGCCAUUGCAGAAGGAAAAGCAGGAACAUGCAAGAAGAAGACGUGUGCACAUGGCAUCACCAGGGCAAAUUGUGACAAACAAAGAGAACCUACUUCUGCAAACUGAGAAGACUGAGUCAGAGGAGGAACAACAAGUGAAAGGACCUGAUAUGGAGAAAGAUGAUUUGGCUAACCAGAAAUCACAAAGCGUCCUUCCUCAGCUACAAGAAGAUGUGAUUUUUGUGAAUGCCUCUAUAACAAAAGCAGAUCUGGAGACCUGGAAAAGAUUGAAACUAUCAGGGGAGCCCAGUGAAGAAGAUUUCAAAUGCCCCAGUGACACUCUGCCAGCAGCUGACAUCACGACAAAAGCAGCAGCCCGUGAUGAUUUUGCUGUCCGCAAAGCCAGAGCAAACAAAAAGGCUGGUAGCCCCAAGCAGAAGUUUGUGCAUUUUGGGCCAGUAACUGAGAUUGAUCAACAGAAGUGGGACAAGCUCGUUAUUGGCAGAGCUUCAUCCAAGAGUGGAAUGGAAGAAGAAAGCAAGAAAGACAGUCUGGAGAGUAACUCUAGUGUUGAAGACUCUCCUUCAACCACUGCUAGCAGUUUUGGGUCUGCUGGACACAGCAAUGGAGUAUCUAAGCCACAGAACGAGCCCAGCAAGAAUUUUUAAUGGAAGAGUUUAGCCAGCAAUUCAUUCAGUUAAGUUUGUGUGUUUAUAAAACAUUUUCAAACUGAGUUGAAGGACUCCUCUUCUUACCUUUCAUUUGAAAGCGCCAAGGAAGAAUGUGACGGGCAUUUACCAGACAUUGAGAGAGAUGAUAUGUUGGUUAGAAGAAUGGGAACUUUUCAGAGACGUACUACUAGCCCCAUUCCCAUACGUUGUCCUUCCCUGUCAGUAGCUCCUCAUCUGCUGCAUCAGCAGCAAGGGGAGGCUGUAGUUCAUGAGAAGGAUUUGAAGACUCCGCGGGAAGCAGAAAGUACUGUCACUCCAGAGGAGAGCCAAGAACAUCUUGAACUCCCUCAGCUGCAGAGCUAUGGAACAGAUAACAAAGUGAAAUUUCCAGACCUACAAAGAGAUGACAUGUUGGCCAGAAGGACUGGAGCUUUUCUAAAACAGCCUGGGCCCAGUGUUAAUCAGUUCCUUCCCAUGCCAUUUUCAAAGCAGCAGAGUAAGCAAGGCUCAACUAGAGAACUUGAGAAGAAAAUUACAAGGCCUGAAAAAUGUCCACAAGUCUGCAUUAAUAGCUCUGGAAAACCUGUAAUACAACCACUGCAAGAACAGCAGCAAGGGCAGGAAAAAUGUGAUCUCCCUCCUGCAGGACAAGAUGACACUAUUUGUACUGCCCAAGUGGGUGAAGGUAGUGUUAAUGAAGACCACCUUGGUCAAACAUGUAAGCGACAGCAGGUUCCUGAAGAAAACAAAACAGCAACAUUGUCAUCCAAGGAUGAACAACUGCAAACAUUCGGCCCCAGAACUGCUGUGUCUGAUGACGCAGAGAGUAUGAGCAUGUUUGACAUGAGAUGUGAAGAAGAAGCUGUGACUCAGCCUCAUAGCAAAGCUCGCCAUGAGAAACUGCAGAAUGUACACAACCAGCUGAAAGAGGAUGAGACCAGAUGGCAAGAUGACCUGGCUCGGUGGAAGAGUCGUCGAAGGAGCGCCUCACAGGAUUUAAUAAAAAAAGAAGCGGAGAGGAAGAAAAUGGAAAGAUUAUUGUCUGGAGAUGGAACGAAUGAGCGCAGAAAAAGCAUCAAAACCUACCGAGAAAUUGUGGAGGAAAAAGAGAGGAGAGAGCGGGAGCUUCAUGAGGCAUACAAGAAUGCAAAGUCACAGGAGGAGGCCGAGAGCAUCCUCCAGCAGUACAUUGAAAGAUUCACUAUCAGCGAAGCGGUCCUUGAACGUUUGCAGAUGCCAAAAAUUCUGGAAAGAAGCCAUUCAGUGGAGCCAAACUCCCCACUGAAAGACCCCAAUCCUCUGAGAUACUUAAGGCAACAGUCACUACCUGCUCCGAAAUUCACUGCCACCAUUGAAGCAACCAUUGUUCCCACCACUGAACUAGAGCCCAGUGGUUCAACAGGCCGUACAUCACCCAGCAAAAGUGUUGUCUCCAAGGCUGUGCCUAUGCUGACACCCAAGCCUUACUCCCAGCCCAAAAAUACACAGGAAGUUUUAAAGAACUUUAAGGUAGAUGGAAAAGUCAGCAUGAAUGGAGAAAAUUUCAACGGCGUGGAAGACAAGGAUAAAGAGUGUGCAGCGGUAAUAUUCACUCCUUCGCCAAGCAGAUCUCUGAAAUUUGACGGAGUACCCAGAGGGGACAGGCCCCCUGUAGAGUUGAAGAAGGACCCCACAAGUGUUGAGCUCAGUUUACAGAGGCCUGCCACUCAGAGUGUGCACAAAGAGCCAACAGCCUCCCCAGUGGAAGCAGACACAGCUACUAGCCAGAAGGUCGAGGCCAGCCCUGGAAGUGUGGGACCUGCAAGCCCAGCGUGCCCAUCCCCAGGUUUAGAUCAAAAGCAAUUCAAGUCAACUGCAGCUUGUGCCAGCCCUGUUGUGAAGAGAUUAGAAUUUCUUCCCAGCCCUAUGCCUUCAGAGGAAUCUACUUCAAGUGAGAAAGUUCUGAAGAAACCUGAAAUGGGGCAGCAGAAGGAAACAGAGUUCCCUGCUACACCAGAGGUGAUGAAACCAAAAGCCCUGGAACAAGAAGGGAGUGUAGUAUUGCCAUUUUUAAAGAAAUUACCUGAGACUGGCCAAGUUGCUCUGCAGAAUUCUAGUCUACAAGCUGAUUCUGAUGGUGGUGACAAAUCAAACCGUUUCAAUUUUUGGUCCUGGGAUCCAGAAGAAGAGCGAAAGCGCCAGGAAAGGUGGCAGCAUGAGCAAGAGCGCUUGCUUCAGGAGAAGUAUCAGAAGGAGCAGGACAAGCUGAAAGAGGAAUGGGAAAAGGCCCAGAGAGAAGUUGAAGAGGAGGAACGUAGAUACUACGAGGAGGAGCGGAAGAUAAUUGAAGAUACUGUAGUCCCAUUCAUUGUUUCUUCAAACUCUGCUGAGCUCCUCUCCUCUUCUUCCUCUACCACUGAAGGAAAUAAAACAGCGAACUCAACUGAUUCAAACAGCUCUCCAGAGGAAGGCAAACAAAAAGAAGUUACAAGGCAGAAAAAGCUGCUAUGGGAGCAGGAUAGUAUGCCAUCUCUGAAAAGCAAGGAAAAUGAACUCUGGCAAGAAAAGAGGAGUGGAAAUAAAGUGAUCUCAGGACACCCAGAGAUGGGUAUCUUGAAAGGAGGUGAAGAGGAGCAGCAGGUGCCAGUGACGGAGCGCAACUCACCAGCCAGGCUGAGCCUGCCAUUGACUCAGGAUGUCUCCUGGAAUCAGCAGCUGCUGACAAAGCAGUCCCCGCAUCGCACAGAGGACACACGGCAGAGACCAUUCCUGGGCCUGAGCACGGGACAGCAGCUGAGCUCUGCGGGGGACACGAGGAGGGCAGGCUGUCAUGACAACUUCCGAUCUGGGCCAUCAUCUCCCUGCUCUCCUGCUGCUCUGAGUCAGUCACCCAACAGGUACAAAAGGUCUGUCAGUGGAAAGAAGCUUUGUUCUACCUGUGGGUUUCCUCUUGGAAAAGGAGCUGCCAUGAUUAUUGAAACUCUUGGUCUUUAUUUCCAUAUUCAGUGCUUCAGGUGUGGCAUUUGCAAGGGACAGCUGGGAGACGCAGCAAGUGGGACAGAUGUCAGGAUUAGAAAUGGUCUUCUCAACUGCAAUGAUUGUUAUAUCCGAUCCAGAACUGCUGGACAGCCAACUACAUUGUGACAUGUCUUUCAGUCGUAAUAACUUUCAAGAAGGAACCCUCUUCCCAUAUGUAUCGGCUGCCUCCAGACAAUCACUUGUAAGAGCUUGAAUCCAUGGACAUCGUGGCACUCAUCUCAUUUUGAAAAACUCAUUAAAACGCUACACCUGCUCCUUUAAAAUGCAAGAUGUUGGUUUUUUCCCUUUCUUAAGAAAUUUGGAAAGUAUGUGUGACCAUGUUUGGGAAGGCAAAGCCUAAGUACCAUUAAAAAAAAUUGCCACCUUUCAGGUAUGCUUAUGAUUUCUGAUCUGUUACCUUGUUCUUCUGAAAGGAAUAAGAAAAUAAACAUGCAAUAAAGCUGUUUUGUUUUAAUAUUUCUAGGAAUUAAAAAAUACAAGUUUACAGAACCUUUAUAGAAUAUGCCAACUUGACCUGAGAAGUAAUUUUAAGAUAGAAUCUAAUCAGUGCAUUUGAAAAGCUAAACAUCACAGUGCAACUUCUCUGUUACAACUGAAGCUAUAACUUUUUUUAUACAGAGACUAGUUUGAUAGUACACCCUGUAACUCUGAAGCUUUUUGUGUUUAUAUGACCUUCAGUGGAGGGAAGGAGUUAUACAAAUAAAUUAUUGCACCUUUAGUGAUAGGGGUUUUUUUUGUUUGUGUACCUCAAGUAAUGUUCAUGACUAUAGCUUAAUAUUCUCUCCAAUAAAGAUUUCUUCAUUAAACCUAAAGACUGUAUACCGUUAACGAUGUCAAGAUUCCCAUUGGGGGCAGUCAUUCCUACUAAGGUCAGCAGCCCGUGUUGUUAAUGAUCUCGGUGAAAGGUGGUGGUGUGGGGGAGAGGCAGCCAAGUGAGCAGACACAGCUGUAUUGUGAGUCUCUGAGCUGCACUUUGAUGCUGUGGAAAAGCUUUUCUCUUUGGUCUGAGCUGGUUUGAGAUCUGGUUGUUCACUUGCAGACAUUACAGCUGGUUGAAAUCUCAUGCGGAGAAACACGUGUGGUAUGGGCGUCCUGCAGAGCAGGGGAUUGAGCCUGUGUUCCUCUAUAUGUGACCCCAAUAAAGUCAGCAAAACCUAGGGUUACAGAAGGUGGGCAUGGAGGAGGCUGGCAGCAGCAGGCAAAAACACUUGCCUGAUCUUGCCAUUGUUUGGGCCAGUUUGGAUUAAGCACGUACUCCUUACUGAAGUGAUCCAGCAGCUUGUUGAAACAGCGUUCAGAGCUGUGUCGCUCUAUCUCCAACACACAGACAAGGUUAGGAGAUGCCUUGCA